GACCGCACGCAGCUGAUGUACCUGCAGCGCUUCCGCGCCACCUCCGCCACCCUGCUGCACGUCGAAGCGGGGGAGCUUGCUGUGCGGGCUGCCUUCAGCCACAUCCCCUUCUGGCAGGCCGCCGCCACGGCCGUGCACCGCGUGGUGCUGUCCCCGGGAGCCGCCCCCGCCGCCAGCAGCAACGCCUCCCCCGCCGUUGCCUCGCUGGACGGCGGCAGGCGCUUCGAGGCGCAGCUGCUGCGGCAGGGCGGCAGCCCGGGGGCGGCGGCGCAGGCGGCGGCGCAGCAGGCGCAGCAGGCGCAGCAGGCCCCCUUCCGCCCCUCCUCCCUGCAGAUCACGCUGGGGGUGCAGCAGGCCACCGCCGUGCUGUGCAACGACAAGCCCGAGACGUUUGGGGCGCCAGACGUGCUGCAGUGCAGCCUGGCGGGCUUGAGCCUGGCGUACGACACAGCCACCCUGCUGCCAGACCGGCCCGCCAACAAAGCAGGCGCGUGCAGGCGGGGAGCGGCGAGCGGGGAGUGGCAGUUGGCAGCCCGGGCCGUUGCCCGCCUGCCUCCCACCCUCCCCCGCCUGUCGCUCAAGAGCUUUGCCAGCUUCCUCAACAGCAGCACCAGCCGGUGGGAGGCGCUGUUUGAUGCCUGGCCGCUGGCCGCCGAGUUUGUCGACAUCGUGUCGCCGGUCUACCUGUCGGACAGGCAGACGUGGGGCGGCGGCAUGCUGGCCGCCGCCGGCUCCGACCAGCAGCUGAGCCAGCAGGACAAGGCCGGCUCCCUGACGUCUGCCGCCGGCAACAUCGCCACCCUGGCCUCUGGCAGCAGCGUCAUCGCCGACGCCGCAGCCCUGGCGGCCGGGCAGCAGCCCUACGCGCCGCUGGGCAGCGUGGCGGUCGCGGCGGCGGCGGCGGGCAGCUGCCCGCCCGCCAACGGCCGCGCCGGCGCGGCCUUUGCCGCCACCCCCAGCGGCAGCGUCAUGUCGCGGGCGCCUCAGAAGUACCUGAUUCAGAACCAGAGUGGCAUGAAGGUUUACUACUGGACCCAGGACAGCAGCAAGGACAGCGCACCCCGCUCUCCCGUCUACUUCCUUGACAACGGCGCCAGCGAGAACCUGCGAGUGGUGCCCGCCGCCAAGCGCCUCUCCUUUGUGCAGUUUGGCAGCGGCGCGGUGGGCAGCGAGCGGCACGGCGCCACCAUCAACCUGCACUUCGAGGGCAACUGGAUGCCGGUGGUGGACGUGGCUGUGAACGUGGUGGGCAAGUACCGGUACCGCAUGACGUCCCCGGCGGAUUCCACUUGGGUCCCGCUCAUCAUCGACAUCAUCCUGGUGGGGCGCACCAAGAUCAUCACCCUCCACUCAGGCAUGUGGCUGGAGAACUCAAUCGACAGGGACAUCUCCCUGCGCCUCCACGUCCCCACCACCUCCCUG